AUGGCUCCAUUUACUUUUACACUGUUUGCUCCAUACAAUAAACAAGCUGCGCUGCGAUUGAAAAAUGCUCAUGCUCGAAUGUUCGGUGUUGAUAUUCUCAUGGAAAAAGACGAAUCGGAUGGAUACUUUCGAGCAACUGUAGACUUAGCUGAUGGAAUUUUUCAUUAUCAAUUCAAAAUACAAACCAAAUCUUGGUUUGAACAAGAACCUGAGCCUGCAGUACCCAAUUACGACGAUGAUGAAUACAAAGAAAUGACUGAAGAAGAAAAACAAGAACGCAAAGAGGCUCAUACCAAACUUAUCGAUGAGAUUCGUGAACGUAAUCGACAACGUGAACACGAAGCAACAUUCACUGAAAUUUGGUAUACAUUUGUUGAUCCCUAUGCAACAGAUGUCGAUGAACGUGGCACAGAUGAUGCACAUAAAGCUGUCGGUAUAUUGACAAUUAAAAAUGGCAAACGCAUUAUCGAUGAAUACGAAUGGAAAUAUGAUGAUUGUUGUUUGCCGCCCGAUGAAGAACUUGUUAUCUAUGAAAUUCAUGUUGGUGACUUUUCCGGUGGAGAAAGUGACUCUAACGCUCGCGGAACAUUUACAAAUGUCAAGAAUAAAAUUGAAUAUUUAAAAGAACUCGGUGUAAAUGCGAUUGAACUUAUGCCAAUCAAAGAAUAUCCUGGUAAGAAAAACUUCCUAGCAUCUGUUAUUGAUCAAUUAUUGAUAAAAAAACCUGUUCUUCUUUCAUCCGAUCAUGUCUUUCUUUCUAGGGGAUACAAUCCACGUUAUUAUUUUGCUAUUGAGACAAGUUAUGGUACAACAGCCGAUUUGAAAGAAAUGAUUGAUGAAUUGCAUAAAAAUGGUAUUCGAGUUAUUCUAGAUGGUGUAUAUAACCAUUCGGAUUCUUCUUCACCAUUGACACAAAUUGAUCAUGAUUAUUGGUAUCAUCACAAUCCAAAGGAUGUUACCAUGUCAUGGGGCCCUGAGUGGAAUUAUAACUUUUAUGAUCCUAAAUACAACAUUUGGCCUGCUCGUAAAUUUGUCGGUGAUUCUAUCCGUUAUAUGGUUGAGGAAUUUCACAUUGAUGGCAUUCGUUUCGAUGCUGCUCGACAAAUUCAAAACUUUGACUUUCUUCACUGGGUUGUCAAGGAAGCAAAAAAAGCAGCUGGCCUCAAACCAUUCUAUUGUGUUGCUGAAUUUCUCCCAGAUGAGCCAUGUAUCACAAAUAUCGAUGGACCUAUGGACGGGUGUUGGCACGAUAGUUUCUACUGGGCACUACGUGAUUUGAUACUUAAUGAUAACGCUGACAUUGGCCGGCUGAAAGCUGGCAUUGAUUGUCGACAACAGGGAUUUUUAGGUGUGACCAAUGUUGUUAAUUACAUUGGAAAUCAUGAUCAUGAUCGAAUGCUUGUUGAAUUAGGCAAAGAACGAUCUAUUUUUGGCGAAGAAGCUUUUAAACGCGUGCGUCUUGGUGUUGUUCUACAAAUGACAAGUAUUGGUAUUCCAAUGAUUUGGAUGGGAGAAGAAAUCGGAGAAUAUAAAGAAAAAACGAUUGGUAUAGCGAAGAUCGAUUGGUCAUUGAUAGCUGAUCGUGAAGAUAAUUCAAAUCAAAUUAAUAAGAAUCUAUUGGGAUUCUAUCGCGGUUUAGUCAACUUACGAAAAGGCAAUAAAGCAUUUUUCUCAACGAACUUGAGCUUUAUCCACGAAGAUUACGAUGGCAAAGUCUUGGCAUAUCAACGAUGGUCCGAAACAGGUGAACGUGUUGUUGUUGUUGUUAACUUAUCUGGCACGUUUCUCGCUGGUUAUCGUGUGCCAAAUAUGCCUGUCAAUGGCUGGUGGCACGAGUGGACAUUUAAUUACGAUGUUAAAGUUGAGAACAAUGAUGUACAUCUUGACAUUGCUGAGCGCGAAGCGAAAAUUCUUGUUUGGCUUGGCGAAGAUUGGCACCCGCCAGAACCUGAACCCGCUGCCGCACCCGAACCGGUAGCUGAAGCUGAGAAGAGUACUGACCAAGAACAAAAGACAUCGCAGGCAGAAUCAUCGACAACUACGAAUCCUGAUUCAACUCCGACAGAAGCUUCUCCUCAACAAUAG